UGGUGAAGAAUAAUAAUAACGAAAUUAUUCGAAUUUAUUACACAGCCUAAUUAAUAUUAUUUGAGCUACGCCAAUGCGCACCUAAUGUCAAAUCCAUAGACAAUCGUCAAAUUGUGCAAUAUUUUGCAAUUUUUCUGCGUUUUGGAGUAAAAAUAAUAAAAAAUGGAUGUGGGAAAAAGUUUUACUAAUAAUAAAGAAUUGGUACAUAUUACUCGUGAUGAAGUCAAGUUAGAAGACAAAAUAGGAAAGGUCGACAUUUUAGAACAAUUUAUAGACGAAGUGGUUCAUGAUAGAGAGGAAUAUAUAAUUCAAAAUGAACAAAGAUGUAAAAAUGCCUUAGUUGAAGACGUCGAUGCAAGUCAGUCACCUGCCUCUUUUACCAAAGAAAUUAAUCAAGUGUUAGAUGCAAAGAGUAUAAUUGAGGAACACAAGUGUCAUCUAUGUGACUAUGUUACGAGUAAAAAAGUGUACCUUCAGAGGCAUGUCAAGCGUAUUCAUUUGGAUGCUAAGAAACAUAAAUGUCACAUUUGUGGAUAUGCUGCCACUUUGAAACAAAAACUUGAUAGACACAUAAAAUCGGUUCAUUUAAAAAUUAAGAAAUUCAAGUGUCAUAUGUGUGAAUUCGCUACGAGUUUUAAAGUCACCCUGGACCAUCACAUAAAAUCUAUUCAUUUGAAGAUUAAAGACCAAGUGUGUCAUCUCUGUGAAUAUGCUACGAGUAACAAGAAAAACCUCAGUCUGCACAUAAAAACUAUACAUUUGAACAUCAAGGAACACAAGUGCCAUCUAUGCGACUUUAUGACGGGUAGAAAAAACACCCUCAAAAAGCACAUCGAUUAUGUUCAUUUGAAUAUUAAGAAUUUCAAAUGUCACUUAUGUGAACAUGCUACCGGUCAGAAGAAAGAACUCGAAUCACACAUAAAAACUGUUCAUUUGCAAAUUAGAGAAUACGUUUGUCACUUAUGUCAGUAUGCUGCGAGUGAAAAACAAUACCUCGACUUACACAUAAAAUCUGUUCAUUUGAAAAUUAAGGAUCACAAGUGUCAUCUUUGUGAUUAUGCUACCAGUAACAAAAACAGGCUUGCAAGCCACGUAAAAAUUGUACAUUUAAAAAUUAAACAAUACAAUUGUCAACUAUGCGAUUACAUGACAAGUACGAAAAGCGCCCUCAGAAGACAUGUUGACAGUGCUCAUUUGAAUAUUAAGGAUCACAAGUGUCAUCUUUGUGGAAAUGAGAUGAGUGACAAAAAAAACCUCGUAGAGCACAUAAAAACUGUACAUUUAAAAAUUAAGGAACACAAGUGUCACAUAUGUGACUAUGUGGCAAGUAGAAAAAGAGGCCUCAAAACUCAUGUCGACUCUGUUCAUUUAAAUAUUAAGAAUCAUAAAUGUCAGUUAUGCGAGUUUGCAGCGAAUGAAAAACAUAACCUCGAAGCACACGUAAAAUCUGUUCAUUUGAAAAUUAAAGAUCAUAAGUGCAACCUUUGUGAAUAUGCUACGAGUGACAGAAGUAACCUUGACAUGCACAUAAAAUGCGUUCAUUUGAAAAUUAAGGAACACAAGUGUCACCUGUGUGAUUACAUGACGAGUAGAAAAAACAGCCUCAAAAAGCACAUCGACUGUAUCCAUUUGAAUAUUAAGAAUCACCAAUGUCACUUAUGCGAAUACGCUGCUAGUCAAAAAAAAGACCUCAAAGCGCACAUAAAAUCUGUUCAUUUGAAUAUGAACAAGUGUCAACAUUGUGAGUAUGUUGCACGUAAAAGAGAUGUCCUUCGAAAGCAUGUCGAGCAUGUUCAUUGUGAUCUUUAGAAACACAAAAUUGAUCUAUGUACCAUCUUUAGAAAGCUGUUUCUAAGGAGAGGCUGCUAGAAAAAAAUAUUACACAUACGUAAAACCGAAACUUUUAUUUAUUUGUAAAUAAACAAAGUCCUUCCAGUUUGAUGUAUUUAUUUAGAUUUAAAUAUCUUUAUUUAUUUAGGUAAUCCAGCUAAAAAUCAACAUGGUCGAUUUUUACAAUUUAUUUUUCAAUUAUUAAAAUUACAUUUUUUUAUUUAUUUAUUCCUUGACUUCGUGUGUCAAACUGUUGAAAGUUAAUAAACUAGGGGGAAGUAGGACUUGUACUUUCAAGCUCUGUUCUGUUUUUUUUUUAAUAAAAAUAAUUCUUGUUGCGUGUAUUAUAUUUCCGUUGUGUUAUGAACCCUUUAGAGCAAAUUUUCACCCUUAAACAUCUUUAUGAAUAUAAUUCAUAUUUCAUUGAUAAAUUCGUGGUGAAUUAAUUGAUUCAACUUCAGUCAUUUCAAACAAAGAUGAAUUUGUCGAUUUUGGUGAUCAAUCUUAUGAAAACAAUCCAAAACUAGUUCAGGGUAUCCAAAAUUGCUUGAUUUUGGCUGUUUCUGGUACUUCUAGAUUAGAUAGGGAAAGUAGGCCAAUAAAAUUGAUGAAUAGAAGAAUGUACUCAGAAAAAUUUUUGUUUCAUUUUGACAGCCCCAGAACCCCACCUUUAACGAUCAAAAUGAACCGAUAUUCCGUUUACGAUGGAUCAUGAAAAGGAAAUUAUGUUAGAAUAUUUUAUUCAUCCCCCUAUUUAUUUUAUCUUGCAAUUUCUCUGACCGGUAAGUUAGAACUACUUAAGACCCAAACUUUCAUUUAUUUGUAAAUAAACAAAGUCUUUCCAGUUUGAUGUAUUUAUUUAGAUUUAAAUAUCUUUAUUUAUUUAGGUAAUCCAGCUAAAAAUCAACAUGGUCGAUUUUCACAAAUUAUUUUUCAAUUAUUAAAAUUACAUUUGUUUAUUUAUUUAUUCCUUGAGUUCGUGUGGCAAACUGUUGAAAGUUAAUAAACAAGGAGGAAGUAGGUCUACGACUUUAAAGCUCUGUUCUGUUUUUUUUUCAAUAAAAAUAAUGCUUGUUGCUUGUAAUUUAUUUCCGUUGUGUUGUGAACCCUUUAGGGCAAAUUUUCACCCUUAAACAUCUUUAUGAAUAUAAUUCAUAUUUCAUUGAUGAAUUCGUGGUGAAUUGAUUGAUUCAACUCCAGUAAUUUCAAACAAAGAUGAAUUUGUCGAUUUUGGUGAUCAAUCUUAUAAAAACAAUUUUUUCAAAACGAGUUAAGGCUAUCCCAAAUUGCUUGAUUUUGGCUGUUACUGGUACUUCAAGAUUAGAUAGGGAAAGUGGGCCAAUAAAAUUGAUGAAUAGAAGAAUGUACUCAGAAAAAUCUGUUUCAUUUUGACAGCCCUAGAACCCCACCUCCAACGAUCAAAAUGAACCGAUAUUCCGUUUACGAUGGAUCAUGAAAAGGAAAUUAUGUUAGGAUAUUUUAUUCAUCUCCCUAUUUAUUUUAUCUUCCAAUUUCUCUGACCGGAAAUUUUGAACUAAUACUUCUACCGGAAUGGAAAUCUUUUGAAUAUUCUGAAUAGAAAAAAUUUUUUGUAAUCUAAAAUCCUUGUUAAUAAGUCAGUUCAUCCCUCCAUGCACAUGAGGCUGCUAGAAAAAAAAAAGUUACAUAUAUGUAAGACCCAAACUUUUAUUUAUUUGUAAAUAAACAAAGUCCUUCCACUUUGAUGUAUUUAUUUAGAUUUAAAUAUCUUUAUUUAUUUAGGUAAUCCAGCUAAAAAUCAACAUGGUCGAUUUUUACAAUUUCUUUUUAAAUUAUUAAAAUUACAUUUGUUUAUUUAUUUAUUCCUUGAGUUCGUGUGGCAAACUGUUGAAAGUUAAUAAACUAGGAGGAAGUAGGUCUACGACUUUAAAGCUCUGUUCUGUUUUUUUUUCAAUAAAAAUAAUGCUUGUUGCUUGUAA